GGUCUCAGGCCCCCAGGCAGAGCAACAGGUCUCGGGCCCCCAGGCAGAGCGGCAGGGCGCCGGACCCCCAGGCGGAGUGAACAGGUCUCGGGCCCCCAGGCGGAGCGGCGGGCGCCGGACCCCCAGGCGGAGCGACAGGUACCGAGUCACCAGGCACGACAGUGGGCUCCGAGUCAACUGGCAUGACCGCUGGCACUGGGUCAGACAUUGGAUCGUCUGGCUGGACAGCGGGCAUCGGGUCACCAGGCAUCAGGUCAUUUGGCUCGACAGCGGGCACCGCGUCAUCUGGCAAGGCAGUGGGCACCAAAUCACCAGGCACGACAGUGGGCUCUGAGUCAAUUGGCACGACAGCGGGCACCCGGUCAUCAGGUACCGGAUCGUCUGGCUCGACAGCAGGCACCGGGCAGCCUGACCCAACAACAGGUCACCUGAAAUGACGCGGGACGUCAGGACAGGCAACUGGAAGUGCGUUGACGCGU